AUGGCUGAAAAUCUUUCUGCACUUUUCACCAAUAGUACUAACCGGUCCAUUUCUGGCACCUCUGCACCUAACCCUUCGAUCUACAUUUUCACGCCAGCAGGCUCCACGAUAAAACAGGCACUGGUAUUCUCAAUGGUGACUGUGGCUCUAAUCGGAUUUGUUGGAGGAAGCUUAAUCUUACAUUUUCUUUCUCAGAACAAACAACCCAUUGUAAUACAAUCAAGCCGCUUUAUAAAAAAUCUAAAUCUGUACAUAAAGAGCUUGGCUCUCUCUGACAUUUUAUCCACUUUGGUAUCUCUUCCUUUGACAUGUAUCCAAAUAUCUUUUGACCUCUUUCAAACACAUUGGGCCUGUAAAAUAGUUCGUUACUUUAACAUUGUUUUUCCGGUCAUUACUAUUUACAACUUAGUCGUAAUAGGAAUUGAAAAGCACCUUUCGUUGAGGAGAGUGCCAUGGACCUUGAGCGCUACAGCGGUUCGCAAGUUGAUCUUCCUUGCUUGGUUUGCUGGAUUUGCAGUAGUUCUGCUUCCUGCUACGACAUUUACUGGAAUAAGGCACGAUUUGAAUGAAACACAUUUUACAGUGAUUUGUAAGUACGAUACAGAGUACUUGCCUGCUCGAAUUGCCUUUGUAUCAUUUACUGCACUUGUGUAUUAUCUUCCGUGCAUUUUCAUUUCUGAUCGUAGUGAACACUUUACUGGUUCGAAAGGUACACCUACGGCUAAAAGUGAACAUGAUGGUCUCUAUUCAGGUGGACAACUCCAAGCAGGCAAAACUAAGGGCAGCCAAAAUUCGGGGAACUGUUCUCCUCAUAACAAUGACGUUCGCUUUUAUAAUUCCAUAUUUCGGUUACAUGGGCUACGCUGCAUAUAA